CCGUAGGAGCUCUGGUGCCAUUAGAGUAGCAGAAUCAUCCCAGGAUGACCAUCCGAGGUGGACGAACGUUAGAGUAUUAAGUACUUGCUGGUAUCACAGUACAGCGCUCGAAUCACCACAAGGUUUAUGGUUGAUAGCACGGCGAGGUGACACGUACACGAACCUCUCGAGUCCAACCAAAUGGUUGAUAAUCUAACACCGAAUGGAGAACGCAAAGGAACGCGUAUCACGAAAGCAUGCGAUUCAUGUCAUCGUCGAGGACGGCGCUGUCGGGCACAGGACGACCGAACACCAUGCAGAACCUGCAUUGAUGCUGGGAUAGUCUGUACACGGAACCGAAUUCCGUCAAAACGUGGACCAAAGCCUCGACAACACGCCCAAUUUGGCCCAAUAUGGGCUUUGGAUCCUAGCAAACAUGGAUCGAGAGCGCUUCUGACCACUUUGAUCCGAUCCUUUUUUGACUUUGUCUAUCCAAUCGUCAAUUAUGUCCACGAGGACUCAUUCAUGGACCAAUGGACCAACGGGCAGCUCCCAAAUUCGCCGUCAUCGUAUGCUCUUCUAAUGGCCAUGUGUGCGCUCAGUGCAUUUCGAAUCAAAUAUGGAAUCGAACCCUCGGCCUUGGAUGUUUCCCAGAAUGUUGACCCUGACUUCUACCUUGAUGAAGCACUAAGAACGACUCAAUCGACGUCCCCAGUGCCUCGAGAUAAGGAAUCCCUUCAAGCGCUCGGACUGUUAUGCAUGACAGCUCUGGAGAUUGGCAAUGGUUCCUUACUCCAGUGUCAAUUAGGAUAUUACCAUGCUGCAAUUGCGGAUCAAAAUCUUUACGAUGAGAGGCGUUGGCCGCCAGCUUUGUCAGCGAUUGAAAAGGAAGAAUACCGCCGAUUAUAUUGGCACCUCUACCGUCUAGAGGUUCACAUGGCAUUGGUUAUGGGACAUGCAAUUCGCUGCCCGGAAAUUCAAUCCAUGGUGUCAUAUCCGUCUCUGGCAGACCAACAGGAUGCAAGAUCAACCACAGAAUCGGAAUGGCUCAGUGGUUGGAAUUUCGUAACAGAUUUAUACCGAGGUCUUGAACAUGUCCUGACGAAAUUCAGACUACAUGGAAUGCCAGGUUACCAAAGCCAGCGCAAAGGCUUUCUCUCAACGUCAUUUCUGCUUGAUUUUGACUUAAACGAGAGGAUUCUACAACCGUUGACAGAAGCUUUUGAGAAUCUCCCAACAAGGUUCAAAACUGCACCUCCUCUUACGUCUAAUGUGAAUGCGAAUCGUUGUGGUUUUCAGGCGGCGAAUAUUGUCUGUACCUAUCAACUCGUCCGGAUGGUGUGUUAUACAAGCAACAAGGCGACAUUUCAUCAAGCCUGUCGGACAGCGUUGGACCUAAUAGAACAGAUCUCUUCAAUCCCUUUGGAGUAUCUUAGGGCCAUGAGUUUAGCAGCGGUCCAAGAAAUCUCGGGUUUUGGUCACAUAUUGAGCCACUUCAUUGGAAAGGAGUUGCCGAUGUCCGAUUACCAGGACCUUAGAGAUGUUAUACUUUGCAUGGCAGAAUUCCUCGAAAGCCUUCAUACAGAUUUGCCGUACGCAAUACGCGCAAGUGCACGGCUGCGGGAGUGUGUUAACCGGAUAUCUGGGCUGAUUGAUCAAUCAACUGCGCAUACAUUCCCAACCUCCGGACCGCCCGUGAAUUUCUUCGGCGAUUCGCAAGCUCCCGAGCACAGUGAAAUGAUACUAGACUGGAGAGAUGAUACACCAUGGCUUGACGAAUGGCUAGACUCCGUCGCAUCCAUCAAUCAUAACUAAGCCCUAUAGAAGCAUUGCUCUCACUAUAGCCUUGUCGGUAGGUGUACAGUAUCGAAUGCAAGGGUGCUGCAUAAUUUGCCAUUAGAAAGACAGAAGAAUUUCCAACUCCUCGCUCGACGCUUGCAGCGAUUCGGGGUUUAAGCAAGGUCAAAAAUGCAUC